AAUUGUUAACAAAUUCAAGUCAAUAAUAACAAAAAGUUAGUAUGGAUAAAAACAAUUAUUUUUUGGUAUAUCUAGUCUUGGUCGUUAAUGGGUUAAGGCUGUGCGGUAAACCGUAGUUUCGUUCACUUUAGAAAACACGAAGCAACUCGCUUCUCUGUUUACAUGCGAGUGCUUCGUCGUGGUAAGGUUUAUUGUGUUGCAGUAUCAUUGAUGGGUCAGGGAACUGUCUUAUACCACAAAUAUGAGCUAAAAUCAUAAAAUUUAGGCUGAAAAUCGAACCUACUCUUAUUUGAAGGUCGCCUAGUGUGCCGAAAUAUACGGUACAUACAUAUAUAUAUACUUAACCUUGUCUAACAGGCUUUAAUUCUUUCCAGGUGGACAAUUCCUUGAGCAGAAAUGAAGCGUACCUAUACGAGUGGAUCACAGAAGAAGAAAAGAGCUGUAGAGGAGAAGGAGAAAAUUAGCAAACUUCCAAAGUUAUCAGCUUGGUUCACCCUUGGUGCAACAGCUACUGCUCCUCUGGACACAGCAUCAACAUCUAUGUCCACUCCUGCAAGCACUUCUACAUCCAAUCUUCCAGUUCCAGACACACCAUUAUCUACUCCUGCUGCUGGGGACUUUCCACAAGAAGAAAUGCACGAAUCUGUAACGGCAAAGGAGAAUGUGAUUUACCUUCUGACAGAUCCAGGACUAUGGAACACUAAGAAU